GGCACCAUCACCAGUCGCCGCCUGUGGACGUGGGGCUUGAUCAAGGCAUUGCCUUCUUUCACACCAACCUCAUCGACAAUACUUCUUGACGUUUGAGGUUUCAAUGUUAUAAUUAGAGCCUGUAACCAAAAGCAGAAUGUCGCAUUGUCACGACGAGCACGACCAUGGCCACGGCCACGACCAUGAGCAUGGCCACUCAGACGACAUCACACCAGCUUUGCAACACUCACUCUACGAGCAAGUCAAUUUUGACGAAAUUGUCACCCUAAACGAAGCGGCACGCGAUUCCGGCAAGAAGAUUGUGAAGAAGACCUGGGCAGAACGCCUGGAACUUGAGCCCGAGCUAGAGAGCGAUGCCGACGAGCAGCUCCUGAUGACAGUGCCGUUCACCGCACAAGUCAAGCUGCACUCCAUCUUACUGCGUACGUCGCCAUCAGAUGACGCCCCGAGAACACUCAAAUUGUACAUCAACAACGCUCACCUCGACUUCCAAUCCGCUGAGGACACACAUCCCACACAGACUCUGGAGCUCUCGCAGACCUCUGAUAUCCAGGACAUUCCGCUCAAACGCGCCCUCUUCUCCAAGGUACAGCGCCUGAGCUUGUUCUUUGAGGACAAUUUUGGAGAGGACACGACCAAAAUAAGCUACCUUGGUUUCAAGGGCGAGUGGACGAAGCUGGGCAAGGCGCCGGAGAACAUUCUCUACGAAGCCGCGCCCCAGCCUGGAGAUCACAGGAUCAAGGGAACUGGGACUCUGAAUUCCUCAGUAAAUGCAUCUUACCUUGGGAGCUCAGCAGGGACACACAGGACCCACAUAACCCAGCCGAAGAUCCCCCCCACCCGAAGCGUCCACAAUGGCUGGUCCACGGCACCUCCCCGAUCCAAGCACUGGCGCUACAACCAAAUCACAGCCGGCAUCCCCAAGCCCACCACCGGCCCGGCCGCGGCCCUCAAGCGCCGAGAGCGCACCACACCCUUCCGCACUGGUGUUCUGGCCACCAAGAAGGGCAUGACGGCCAUCUUUGUCGGCAAGGAGCGCAUCCCCUGCACCGUCCUCCAGCUCGACCAAGUCCAAGUCGUCGCCAACCGGACACGCGAGAAGAACGGGUACUGGGCCGUGCAGAUUGGACGCGGCAGCAAGGAGCCCCGAAACGUCACGGCGCCGCAGUUGGGAUACUACGAGGCCAAGGGCAUCGCUCCCAAGGCUGAGCUCGCCGAGUUCUUUGUCAGGGACAAGGAUGGCCUGCUGCCCGUCGGCGCACAAAUCCACCCCGACUGGUUCCAGGUCGGACAGUACGUCGAUGUCAAGGGCCCCUCGCGAGGUCAGGGAUUCGCCGGUGGUAUGAAGCGCCACGGUUUCUCAGGACAGGAGGCAUCCCACGGUAACUCCAAGAAUCACCGUACGAUCGGUUCCACGGGUCCCUCCCAGGGCGGCGGUUCCCGUGUGCACCCUGGCAAGAAGAUGCCGGGGCGCAUGGGCAACGAGAACGUCACGGUGCAGAACCUCAAGGUGCUCGCGGUCGACAAUGAGCUCGGCACCGUACUGGUCAGCGGGGCGGUCCCGGGCCCCAAGGGCAGGACGUUGAAGCUGCAGGAUUCGAAGAAGAUGAAGGCGCCCGGUCUGCCGUUCAGGGAAGAGAUACUCAAGACGCUGGUGGAGAGGAAUAGUGGCGUGGAGGCUCAACUAGAGAUGGCGCGGUCAGCGCAUCUGGAGCUCAAGGCGCUGAGGAGGGAUAUCUGAUCGAGUAUUAGUGGACGGCCGUCGUUGCAUGUACUACAACUAGGGCACAAUGGGUCUGGAGUCUCGGCU